AUGGCGGGCAUGGAGCAGCUGCAGAUCCACAGCAAGUCUUAUCUUGUACGCUGGAUCAACGUCCCCGCCGGACACUCGAUCUCCUGGAGCAUUCAGCCGCACAAGAAGUCCGUGAACUUCGGCAUCUUCAAGCAUCCGGGAACAAAGAACGGCGAGGCGCCCAAUCUCCCCUCAACCGUCGCCGCCGGUAUCAACGACGCUCCGCAGACCGCAGCCGGCGGCGAGACUGCCGCGGGUCGGCCCCGCGGCUCCUCCAUAGGCGCGAACGGGAUCGGCGCGAACGCAUCACGGAACGACAGAACACUCGUGGUGGAAAAAUUACAAAGUAUAGGCUUGAAGCCGGUAUCUUGGACAGGAAAAUGCGAAGCGGAUAAAGUUUCAAUGGGCCGUUACGACGUGCCCCAGGGCGAAGGAGGCAUGUACGGCCUGGUCUUUGACAACACCUUCUCCAAGCAGGUCUCGAAGACGGCGACCUUCGUGCUCAUGACACAUCCGACCAACGCCGCGCCGAAAUCUGGCCAUCACCUGCACUUCUCGCAAGCAGUCGGCGGCGCCAGCCCUAGUCUGCCCCCAGGAGAUUUCGGCGAGUCGACCGAUUCUCUGGCACAGGAGCCCAUGGUCGCGGCUGAUCCCCGACCCCGUUCCCGCCAUGUUGCAGAGGCCACUACGCCCGGUGGCUCUCUCUUCUAUACCGGCGUCCUUCUGAAGAAGAGGAGGAAAAGGAACCAAGGAUAUGCCCGCCGUUUCUUUUCGCUAGACUUCACUUCGUCGACGCUGUCGUACUACCAGAGCCGGAGCUCCUCGGCAUUGAGAGGAGCCAUUCCGCUCUCCCUUGCUGCCAUUGCCGCGGACGAGAAGACGAGGGAAAUCUCUGUUGACUCGGGCGCGGAAGUUUGGCAUUUGAAGGCUAAUAACGCGAAGGAUUUUGAGGCUUGGAAGGAUGCGCUGGAGCGGGCAUCGAGCCAGGCAGGAAGCACCGAAUCUCCUGAAGACACCACGGAAAAAGACUUCAAUUGGCCGACUCCUGGCCAACCCAACUCGGAGCAAAAUGACCGCGACUGGGGACGGAUCGAGGCUUUGGUUGGACGUGUUUCCGGAAUCCGUGAUGCUGUGAGGAGAUUGGCUAAGGAUACUGAUCCGAAGAAUUCCUCGACCGCACCAUCGGGUGCGAGCAGCAUCAAAGGUGGAAUCAGCGAUGUCACGAGCCCAGCCGAGUCGGCAGACUCCGGGGACUACUUCAAACCCCAAGAUGACGACGCCCGCUCGGAGAAGAAGUCUUCGGCAUUCUGGAAGAGGAAGCCCAGCGCCUCGGCGGGCAGCGUUCACCGUAAGAGUAUCACCUCGCAAAUCGCACCUGCUUCUCCGCCAUCAGUCCCGCCGGUACCGCCGAUCCCCACUACGCCUGGAUCGAACUUGACUGUCCCCAAAGUUCGUGCGAAUGGUUCUGGGGUCUCAGACGAGAACAUACAUGAAAAUGUUCUGGCCAUCCUUCGCGAUCUGGAUUAUGUUGUGUCGGAGUCUGCUAGCCUGCUGACACAGAGCCGGCUCAGGCGCGCACCCACCGGAUCACACGCCGAAUCUAGGAGGAGUAUUGAUUCUGUAUCUGAAGAUGAAUUCUUUGAUGCUACUGGCGGAGAUGAGGAUGAUCAUGCGCAAUCUAAACUGCUCACCAUCCGCCGGGACAGCAACGAUGAUACGGGAGACAAGAACGAAGAGGUCUCUGACGGUGAGUCUGAGGCCAGCAGUGAAGGCGAAGGCACCGGAGCAUUCAACCGCGCGAGUCUUGAGGGAUUGCCUGGUCUCUUCCCACCUAAGCCGAAAUCUCUUACUCCACUGCCUCUCGACAAAGUGCAACGCCGCACGACAAUCGCUGCGCCCAAGGUUGCUCCUCCCAGUUUGAUCGCCUUCCUCCGCAAGAAUGUCGGAAAGGAUCUCUCCACCAUCGCAAUGCCGGUUUCUGCAAACGAGCCUACCAGUUUGUUGCAGCGUGUUGCCGAACAGAUGGAGUACUCGGAGCUCAUCGACGCUGCCGUCAACGCACCUGCCGAGGAUGGCUCACGCAUUCUGUACAUCAUGGCUUUCGCCAUCUCUUCAUUCUCCAACGCCCGUGUUAAGGAGCGCGCCAUCCGCAAGCCCUUCAACCCGAUGUUGGGUGAAACGUUCGAGCUCGUCCGCGAGGACAAGGGAUUCCGCUUCCUUGCCGAGAAGGUCUCGCACCGGCCGGUGCGCAUGGCCUGCCAGGCAGAGGCGAAGGAGUGGACGUUCCUGCAGUCGCCCAUGCCGGUGCAGAAGUUCUGGGGCAAGUCGGCGGAGCUGAACACUGACGGACGCGCGCGCGUCUUCCUGCACAACCCCAACCCGAACAACCAGGGCGAGCACUACAGCUGGACGGUGGCGACGUCGUUCCUGCGCAACAUCAUCGCGGGCGAGAAGUACGUGGAGCCGGUGGGCACGAUGACGGUGGUCAACGAGACAACGGGGGCCAAGGCCAUCGCGACGUUCAAAGCCGGCGGCAUGUUCGCGGGCCGCAGCGAGGAGGUGACGGUUCAGGCUUUCGCGCCGCCGGACCAGGGCGGCGCGCAGCUGUCGCUGGGCCUCGCAGGCAAGUGGACGGCCGAGCUGCACUUUACGCGCGACGGCGCAGACACCAAGCAGACGGCGUGGAAGGCCGGCGGGCUCGUCGACCAGGCGGAGAAGCGCUACGGUUUUACUACCUUCGCCGCCGGCCUCAACGAGAUCACGGCUGUGGAGGAGGGCAAGAUCGCGCCUACUGACAGCCGUCUGCGCCAGGACCAGCGCGCUGUUGAGGAGGGCGAUCUCGAUCGCGCGGAGGCGGUUAAGGCGAAGCUGGAGGAGCGCCAGAGGCAGCGUCGUCGCGUCAUGGAGGAGCAUGGCCAGCAGUGGAGCCCGAGGUGGUUCGUGAAGGUGGCGGGCGGUGAAGGUGCGGCUGAGGAUGGUAGCGGCGGCGAGGAGGAGUGGAGGUUGAAGGCGGGUAAGGAUGGCUACUGGGAGGAGCGUGCGGCGGGUAAGUGGACGAAUGUGGUGGAGGUUUUGGAUGCGUAA